CCCUGUUCACGCUGACCCGUGACGUAAGAGCGCACGGUACUGGCGCAGUGCAUUGUGGUCGCGCCGGUGCUUGUAGAAACUGAAAACUAACUGCUGCUGUUCAGAUAUCGGCGACAUUUUAUCUGCAUUGAUACACACUAAAAGAGAUAAAAGCAGCCAUGUCGUCCACAUCGCAGAAGCACAAAGAUUUUGUGGCAGAACCCAUGGGUGAGAAAAGUGUAACGACCCUUGCAGGAAUUGGAGAAGUCCUUGGCAAAAGACUGGAGGAGAAGGGUUUUGAUAAGGCCUAUGUUGUCUUCGGACAGUUUCUGUUGCUGAAGAAGGACAAGGAGCUGUUCCAGGACUGGUUGAAAGACACAUGUGGGGCAAAUUCUAAACAACAAGGUGACUGCUUUGGUUGUCUGAAAGACUGGUGUGAUGCCUUCUUAUAAACCAUUCGAUUUUUGUCCACUGCUGAAGGCCAAACUGUACAUUACCUCUUCAGUUAUCUUAAUUCAUUUCAGAUACACAUCUUUGUUCCAUAUUUAAUAAAAAUAGGGCUGCAGGUUUGAAUCAGCUGAUUUUAUGGUUUUUAAAACAAAAAACAAAAAAAGCUCAUGCACACUAGGUUUCCAUCCCCCCAGGGUAAAUCUCUCUACUGCACCAGCUUCUAAUAGGCACUGUCUUUUGCGGUGGUGGAGAGCUGUGCCUAGCUUUUGGAAGGCAUGUGGUUUGAGCUCCGUUUCUUAGGUACUUCAGACAUGUCUCACCAUCACCCCAAACAAUUGAGUAAAAAACAUUAGGAAAAUGACAUUCAGAAUUUUAGCAUUCAAAUGUGUACAGUUGAAAUCAAACCUGCAGCAGUAUUUCCAUAAAAUAUGGUUUUAAAGUAUGGACACAAGUAUGAAGUCAGCUUCACUUUUACUGAACGCUGCUAGUGUACUUUUGAAAACCUUCACUCUAUAUGUCCUUUCGUGUUCUUCAUACGUCAUAGUCCAGUAGGUGACCUAACUGAAAACUUUGCCUUUGUUGUUGAAACUUUAAAACACAGUCAUGGUUCUUAUCACUUGUUAGGUUUUUUAGCAAAAUUAAUUUUGUUCUGGACCCCGUUUCCUUAAUUCUGUAACAAUUGUUCCUAAUUCUUUUAACCUUUUCGUAUCAUUCUGUUUUUUAAGGAUUUUGAAGGACUUUUUUGUUUUAAUACAAUAUGUCACAAACAUAAUGGUAAUUCACUAAAGUAUAAAUUGGAUCAUCAAAAAUGUUUUAAGCAGAAAUAAACAAUAUAUGUUUGUAAAUGGAAAAGGGCCAUUGGAGCAUGCAAAUUUUAAUGUUUUUAAGAAACAUAAAAUAAAAAAAUUAGGACAUUUUGAAAAUAAGAACCCCCUCACUCCCUUAAAUGAAUGAUGGAGAUGAAGUGAAUGUGUAUAAAUAAAGAUUCCAGUGGAACAAA